GGAGAUUUCAGUCGUGCGCAGUGAGAGGACACGCGCACGUCUCCGAAAAUUCUUAUUACACCGAAGUAAUAAUAAAUAAAUAAUGAUCCAUGUAUUGCCGUGAUAAUUGUUGCAAAAUUAAACUUCACUUUUCAUUAUUCAUUUAAAUUGAAAAUUAUAUUUUCUUCUCAAAACAGUUAUUCAGCAACAGCUACGAAUAUGUAUUCGCAGAAAGAUGGGCAUGGGCAGUGAUAUGGAUUACCAGUGCAGUUUGAGUGAAGAAGAUCAGGCUGUUGCUAAGGAGGAGCUCAGAGAGGAUGAUGCCAUCAGGGACCAAAUGCUCGAGCAAUUCCGCCAGUGGAUUCACAAGCAUCCAACCAUCAAAAGGUGCAGGACUGAUGCUGUUUUUCUUCUAAGAUUUUUGCGGACUAAAAAAUUCAGUCUGCCUAUGGCCCAGGAAAUGCUCGAGCGGUAUCUCACCAUCAGGCAGCUCUAUCCUGAGUGGUUCCAGAAACUAGACAUCAAUGAUCCUGAUAUUGAGGCUAUCAUCGAUGCUGGCUACCUAGUACCUAUGUACGAGAGAGAUGAUAAUGGCAGGAAAAUUAUUUUGUCUUGUGUUGGUCGUUUCGAUCCUUACAAAUUCACAUCAGCCCACAUGGCACGUGCUCACAGCGUCGUCAUAGAAACCCUCAUGGACGAGGAAGAAAAUCAAGUACAUGGCUACACUCACAUAAAUGAUGAAUCCGGUCUGACAAUGGGUCACAUCAGCGCCUGGUCCUUGACGGACGUUCGAAACGUAUUAAAAUGCAUACAAAGCAGCACACCCAUCCGACACAAGGGGACACACUUCAUUAAUAUCCCAUCGUUCGGCUCCAAAAUACUCGAAUUCGCCGUCUCACUUCUCACUGACAAACUCAGAUCUCGGAUAUAUGUGCAUAAGAGCCUUGAGGACCUCACAGACAAUAUAAACCCCAAGAUCUUGCCGAAGGAGUAUGGAGGUGUUGUACCACUUGCCGACAUGAUUGCGACCUUCAAAAUGAAGUUACGGGCUAAGAGAGAUGAUCUGAUGGCCCUAGAUGACAUGUACAUUGAAAUAUCUCCCAAGGAUUCCUGUUCGGCUUCAAAUGAUGGGCUCUGUGGCAUCUCUGGUUCAUUUCGUAAAUUAGAAGUUGAUUAGAUGAUUAAUUUUAAUCUCCAUCGUUAUGUUUGAUGAUAUUUUAUAUAUGUAUAUGUCACUUCACAUCACCUCACCUUUAAGUUUGGUAUACAACUAGUUAUAUAGGUAUAUGAAAAGGUACAAAGCCAAUAUCGGUGGUGCAAGUUACCCAAGAUUUAGAUGAGCUUAUUGUGUUUUCUCAAAGCCAAUAUCGUUCAUACUUCUUUCGUAAGUGAUAGAAAUAUUGUAUCCAUUUAUUUCUGGGAUAGUUAUUCACAUUAAUUUGAUAAGGCGAUAAGGUAUAUUACGAUAUUCUCAAAGAGAUUGAUAAUUUUUCAUUUAUUGUACAACAUAAUUGUAUAUGCAUUAAAAUUUUAUCAUACUUGUAAUAGAAUUUUUUUUUAACAAAAAAAAGUUUAAUUAUUUAAAAUUAAAAAUUUCCACCAUUUUCAGGCUAUUUUUCGCUAGAGAUUUUGAAUAGAAUAUUACUAUUAAACAAUUGGAUAGGGGAUUCAAUGCAAUACAACUCAAACAGAAUCUAUUUGGUUUUCUACUGGUUACUUCUCAUAGGCAAUUACGGAACGAUAAGUCUCUGUACAUGAGCCGCUCUAUCAACAGAACAUAAAAAAGAUUCCGUUUUUCUCAUAUCUAGAAAUAUAAAUUCUCUAGUCCCUAUAUAAUCACUCACAAUAACUACUAUAUUAGCAUACUCAGACCGAUCGAUCUCACCGAAAACCUAUUGGUAAUCAUCAUGUCAAUCAUAUUUGGAAUAUCUUAAUAAGAUAAAGUUAAACAUUCCAAUGAAA